AUGACCGUCUUCUUCCUCCGAAAACCUCCCAUCAAAACUCUGAGAUUACUCCUCCCACGAAAGCCUUCUCCUUUAUCAUCUCUCUACUCCACACUCUCUCUCCAAACCCAACAACACCCGAAGAAGAGAUACGAUCACCACAACGUCGCUACAUGCAUCGCCGCACUCCAACGCUGCGCGCAUCGCAACGACGCCGUUUCCGGCUCCGAGCUUCACGGAUUCAUGCUCCGAAAAGGGCUUCUAGAACACUCCCCUCGCGCAGUCACCAGCCUCGUCAACAUGUACGCCAAAUGCGGCCUUAUGCGCCGCGCGAUCUCCGUCUCUGAUGGAUCAUCGGAGCGAGACGUGUUCGCUUAUAACGCGAUUAUCUCUGGGUUCGUGGUAAAUGGGUUUCCUUUCGACGCGGUUGAGAUGUAUGGGGAGAUGAGAGGGAAAGGGGUUUCACCUGAUAAGUAUACGUUUCCUAGUUUGCUUAAGGGAAGUGAUGCCUUGCAGGAUUGGGAUGUUAAGAAGGUUCAUGGGUUAGGGUUUAAACUUGGGUUUGAUUCGGAUUGUUAUGUAGGGAGUGCGUUGGUGAGUUGUUAUUUGAAGUUUAGGUUGGUGGAGGAUGCGCAGAAGGUGUUCGAUGAAUUGCCUGAGAGAGAUGAUAGUGUGCUUUGGAACGCUUUGGUUAUUGGGUAUUCCCAGAUUUUUAAGUUUGAGGAGGGUUUGAGAGUUUUUAGUCAAAUGCGUGAGGAAGGUGUUGGGUUGAGUAGGCAUACUAUUACUGGUGUAUUGUCAGCUUUCACUGUGUCGGGGGAUUUGGAAAAUGGUAGAUUGGUACAUGGUCUUGCGGUGAAAACGGGGUUUGAUUCUGGUGUUGUUGUGUCGAAUGCGUUGAUUGAUAUGUAUGGGAAGAGUAGGUGGUUGGAGGAAGCAGUCAAGAUCUUUGAAGGGAUGGAUGAUGAGAGAGAUAUAUUUACGUGGAACUCUGUGUUGUGUGUUCAUGAUUACUGUGGUGAUCAUGAUGGAGCUUUAGCUAUGUUUAAAAGAAUGAUUUGUUCCGGAAUCCGACCUGAUCUCGUUACGUUGACGACAAUCCUCCCCACUUGUGGUCGUUUAGCUGCGUUGAAUCAGGGAAGAGAGAUUCAUGGCUACAUGAUUGUCAACGGACUUUUGAACCGAAACUCCAACGAUGAGUUCAUUAACAACUCUUUGAUGGACAUGUACGCGAAAUGCGGGGACAUGAGAGAUGCGCAGACGGUUUUCGACUCGAUGAGGAAUAAAGACUCAGCUUCUUGGAACAUCAUGAUUAACGGUUACGGUGUGCAGAGCUGCGGUAAGUUAGCUUUGGAUAUGUUCUCGCGUAUGUGUGAAGCCGGUGUAAGACCUGAUGAGAUCACAUUCGUUGGGUUGCUACAAGCUUGUAACCAUUCAGGCUUCCUGAGCGACGGGAGAAGGUUCCUGGCACAGAUGGAGACCGUAUACAACGUUAUCCCAACAAGUGAUCACUAUAGUUGUGUGAUAGACAUGCUUGGCCGUGCAGGCAAACUACAAGAAGCAUAUAAGUUAGCAGUAACAAUGCCCGUUGAGGAUAAUCCUGUAGUCUGGAGGUCAAUUUUAGCAUCUUGUCGCAUUCAUGGGAACAUAGAUCUCUCAUUAUUGGCUCGAGAGCGAUUAUAUGCGCUAGAGCCAGAGAAUUGCGGCGGUUCUAGUGAUAUAUUAAUGUCUAAUCUGUAUAUGGAAGCCGGUGAAUACGAGCGAGUUUUGGACAUUAGAGAAAAAAUGAAACAACAUAACGUGAACAAGACACCAGGUUGUAGCUGGAUUGAGAUCAAGCAUGAAGCUCACAGAUUCUAUUACAGAGAUAAGACUCACCCGGAAUUUGAAUCUAUUGACGCUUGUUUAACUCCGUUGACUUCUCAUAUGUGUGGUGGUCAUGAGUAUAUGCUGCUCGACAGUUUUGACUAGUUUUGGUUAGUCAUAAUAUUCUUCUUUUUCUUAGGUUUAAAAGAAAAAGUUGUGUGACAGACAAUAGUUAUUAUUAAAUGUGCCGCAGCAAGAGCCGUGAAGGAGCACUACAAGGGAUCAUCAUAACCCCCCUUCCACCUGGAGUAGCUUCUUAUUUUGUUUCUGUGGGAUACAUAUGAACUAAGAUUCUGGUGUGAGAGAGACUCUUUGUAGCAACUUUUGGGUUUGUGUAUGUAUGCUUAAAGAUUUGAUCAGAUCAAUGCAAGACGACUAAUUUAGUUACCCUAC